AUGCUGUCCCAGAUGCCCAUGGCGCAUUGUCAAUUCUCCCCAUCCCGAGCAAGGAGUUCUGGUGAUGGAGAUUUCUUCUUCUAUGUUGAGGGUGUAAGUUUCACACCUCUACCCUCAUGUCGGAACACUAACCCAGAAGUACAGCUACCUCCGUACUAUACCUGGGGAAUGUUGAAGGAUCUCACCAGAAAGGCUGCCCCUUACCCAGGAUGGACAGAGAUGGACUCGAAUCCUCAAGGCAUGCUGAAGGGCCGCGGCUGGAUCAAGAUUAAACGAGCCAAAGAUGCUUUCAACCUUUAUGGUAGGUCGAGUCAUCUAGACAAGUCGAAACAAAGAUUGAUCCAAGCUCCCNNAGGCUACUUGACCAAUGGAUCACCUUCUCUGAAGCCUCUCAAGGUCUACCUCUGGUCUACAGCUCGAUCACCUCCAGAGUUACUGCGAUGCAACGAUGUUCCGCGUCCAAUGCAGAGGUUCGCGCCGCCGCAGAGUGUCAGCGCCUAUUCCACAACUAUGAGUUCAGCCAUGAGCACACCAAUGAGUACGCCUAUGAGCACACCUAUGCACAGGAGUCCAGUGUUCCAUCACCCGCCUCCGAUUGCUCCAAGGAAGAUGAGUCCGAGAUACAUCUAUACACCAAACCAACGUCCGAUCAAUGCAACAGGUGGUCUUGUACAGACCGAGUCAAGAGGUAUAUUCAUAACCCAAUUGGACUAUGCAAUCGAUCAGCGGCAGCUAGAGGAGUACCUGCGCAGGAUCGGAUCCUUCGACAGCUGCGAGAUCCGACGGGAUCCGGCUAGUGGCAGAUCGCGCGGCAUCGCGACAGCCAAGUUCGCAAAUGCAGAGGCGGCUGCCAGAGCAAUUCAGAUGCUGCAUGGACAGAGGCUCAUGAGCAAGACAGUCAGCGUGCGCUUUGACACGGAAAAGGAGGCGGUGGCACCACCAAGCUCGAGCAAGAGCUAUCACGAAGGCCUCAUCAUUGCGAAUGGCUCGGAAUGA